AAAUACUUCAUGUUAAGUUGUAAUUAAGCAAUUAAAUUAAAUACAAUGAUUGUUUGAGUUACCUGCCCCUUGUUGAUGUCUCCACGAAACUGGUGUCUUAGAUCUUAGAAUUACUGCUUCUAUAUUGUCAUUUACCUUAAUAAGGAUGUGGCAAUGACUUUAGAUGACGAGCAAUAUUUACGUUUGUGAUUAAUUCCUAAAGAUUACCACAACUGAAGUCAUGCUAAUUGGAUGCAUCUAGCAGUUGGCAAUGAUAUUACCACACCAGUUAUUGGAGAUGACAUUUCCUUGUCAUAUUUGAUUGAGUGUUCAAGUAACUAGUGCACAUUCUACUUUGCCUGAUGUUUUCAGCAUCUCAGUUUCUUUUCUUUGUUCUUCAACUUUGGAACCGAAGAUGUUAGAAGAGACUAAUGAUUGCAAUUGAUUUUACAAACAAUUAUAAGUUGGAGUUUCCAAAUUUUCUAUAGUGUUUUUUCACUGUUUAAUGAUGGAUUAUAACAUUAUUUUUAAUACCCAUUUGACCUCAUGUCAGAGAACAAUAUAACAUUGUUCUACCAUUUUGUUAUGUCAAAUGAUGAGAUUUUGAAACAACUUAUUUAAAUAAUGAAGUAUUUUAAUAACUGUUGAUGAAAACAUUCUCUUUAUCUUUAAUCACUUUGGCUGUUUUGCCAGAUAAGAGAAGUAUCAAUUUUUUAUGAACAAUCAUUUUUCUUUUUCAAUCUUUUUCCUCAGUAGUGCACAAACAUGACUGUCUGACCAGUUUCUUUCGAAAUAGGAUUUUAUAUUUAUAUCUUUGUAAAAGUAAACCUACUUGUUAUUUUAUUAGGCAACUUGCAUUUUGUUGCCUUGCUAACUGUUUUGAAACCAAUGUUAUGCACUAAAAAGAGGAGGCUCACUUUUCAAUUUAGAUAAUGUACUAUAUUAAGUAUUUAAAAUUUUUAACUUUAAGGAUAUUUUAUUGACCUCAUAUUGUAUAUAGAUAUAUAUAUAUAUACAUAUAUAUAUGUGUGUGCGUAUGUAUAUCAAAAUACAUUUGGAAGUCUUAAUCAACACACAAAAUGUAUGCAUUUCAACCACUAUAUGCAAUGGGGAAUCCUCAGUUCAAUUUUACCCCUCCUACAUCUGCAACUCCAGGGUUACCAACAAUGCCGCCAAAUGGCCAGCAUCUCCAUACCAACCAUCUGCAUCAUCAUUCAAUGAAACGCUCAUCUGGAAUGAGCAACUGUUGUGGCAGCAGUAGUAGUAGCAGUGGUGGACCGAAUCCUUCAACUUUGCAUAAUCAGACUUCUGAUCAACCAACAAUAUCUUCACCACCUCCCUCAUCUUCAGCAGCAUCACCACCCUUAAAAACUAGUACUCCAUCAACCAGCGCUAUUUCAUCACCAACAACUACAACCACUUCAUCAGUGGAACAAAGAAGUGGGACAGGAAUUACUAGUCAUUCCCAUUCACAUCCCUAUAACACUACCACUGGUAGUGGCACCAGUGGUGGUGGUAGCAGUACUACUAAACCUUACAAAUGUCAAGUAUGCCGGAAGGGUUUUGCACGGAGGUCAACGUUCAACAGCCAUGAGCGAACAAGGGAUUCAGAAAAACACUUUAACUGUGCAUAUUGUUCAAAAGCGUUUCCAAAACGAGAUCGUUUGCGAUCACAUGAACUCACACAUACGGGCAUCCGCCCUUUUGCCUGUCCAGAUUGUCCACGUGCUUUCAGCCAGAGGACUUCGCUUGACAACCAUCGUCGUACACAUACUGGAGAGAAACCUUUUAUCUGUUUCUAUUGUUCAAAGGCGUUUGCCCAGCGGGCUAACUUAGACAAUCACAAGAGAAUCCAUACUGGUGAACGUCCGUUUUGUUGUUUUUUUUGUGGCAAAUGCUUCUCUCAGCGUGCAACCUUAAUGAAUCAUGAACGAACCCAUUUUACAAAUAAAUUUAAUAACCAUCAGAGUAAUGGUAUCAUUGCUAAUAACAACAAUGAGGAUAAUGCCAGUGAAAAUGGCAACAAUGGAAGUAACAGUAGUACUCCUGCAAUGCCAUUCUUUCCUGGUCCAGACAUGGUUGUGUUUCCUCCGAGGCCUGGACUCACAAUGAACAACAGCAAUAUUUCACCUGAACAAUGUGCUACAUCACCAUCAUCACAGCAUCGAGUUCAGUCAGCAGGUUCUACCUCAACAAAACCAUCAGCAGAUCCAUCAUCAUCACCAUCGUCAUCGGCAACUCCAAAUAAUUCAUCUCAUCUAGGCUCUGGUAAGGCCUCUUUUGGCAGUUUCUCUUCUCAUCAUCUUAACAAUGAGCAGAGAUCUAGAUCUGACAACCACAACAAUGAUCGGUCUUCUUCAUCAUCAACACCAACUGGAACUUCUGGUGGUUCAACUGUACCAUUUAGUUUUAACUCUAACGCUAUGUUCUCACGACGUAUGAAUAUGAACCACUUGGGUCCUAAUCAUGUCAUUGGCAACAAUAUUGUAGAUCCUAUUGAACAGCGUAUUCAUGCACGCAGUCUAAAAACAUUUGAUUGCUCAAUAUGCAGCAAAGCUUUCUCUCAGAAAGCAAGUCUUGACAAUCAUCUGCGCACCCACACAGGUGUUAAGCCAUUUACCUGUAGCUUCUGUUGUAAAGCUUUCACUCAAAGAGCCAGCUUGGAUAACCAUCGCCGUAUACAUACUGGUGAGAAGCCAUUUAACUGUGACAUCUGUCAGCGUGCAUUUUCUCAGCGAGCAACCCUAAAAAACCAUGAAAAGACUCACACAGGUUCAUCAUCACGAGCAUUUUCUAAUCGUAGCAGUAUUGGUGGUAGUGACACUGAAGGUGGUGGAAGCAGCAGUGGUGGACGAAGUGGACGAAAUCGAGGAGGAAGUGGGAGUGGCAGUGGGGGGAGCACGAGUACCCCAACGGAAACAUUUUCUACAGGAAGUAGGCAUCAUUUAUCAAGGAAUGAAUCUAAGGCUAAUGGUAGUAGCAGUUCUGCUGGCAAUGCUACUUCUACUAGUGGAGGUGGUAGUAGUGGCAGUGGUAACAGCAGUGGCCGUGCUGGUAGUGGCAGUAGUAGUAAUAAUACUGGUAGUAGUAACAAUAAUAAUAAUAGUAAUGCAGGUAGUGGAAAUAGUAGCAAUCAUCAUUCAAGUAGUGACCAUACUGGCAGUGCUGCGGUCAGCAGUUCUGGCCAUGGACACCACCAACAACAACAUCAUCAUUCAAGCCACCAACCACCACCAUUGGAAAGUAAUACAACCAGUAAUAAUAGCAACAGCAACAACACUAACCCACACCAUCAGCAGCAACAUCCUCACCAUCAUCAACCACAGCACCAUAGUAACAGCCACCAACAUCCUAGCCAUCAUCAUCACCACCAUCAUCAACACCAACAAGCCCCUCCACCACAACCACAUCCACCACCACCUCCACAACAGCAUCAUCACCAUCACCCACACAGUAGCCAUCACCAUCAUCGAGAUUCACAGCCCCUUACCCUCAAGCAACAAUCAUCAAGUAUUAUUUCAAAGUGGGUGUCAUCGACUUGCCUACAGCAGCGCGGAAGCAGCAAUGGUAUUGAUAGUAAUUUUGGUUGGCCAUCAACACCACUUGCUCCAAGGUGGAGCACAGGCUGGGCUGAUGCAGCUAAUACAAAUCCUUGCGGAGUACUUCACAACAAACAACGGGAUUUAAGCUAAGAGAAUUUGAAUUAAACUGUAUGUACUGCCAUACAAAGCAAAACACACACACUCUCUCUCUCUCUCUCUCUCUCUCUCUCUCUCUCUCUCUCUCACAUACACCACAGAUACACCUGUUAGUGUGUAAAUAUGAAAAAGUAUGUGUGUGUGUAUGUGUGUGUAUAAGUGUGUAUACAGAAAUAUACAUAUGUAGUAUAUUAUAUUUAAUUAAUUCUAUGCUAAAACUAAAUUGUCUACUAAUCGUUUUUUAAAAACUAAAAUAGCCAAGUACUUUUAAUGUAUUUAAAGAGGUGUAUAUGCAUACAGUGAAUUAAAAAAAAUAGUUAAGACCAUCCAACACUUGUAUGAUGCUGUGCAUUCAUCAUUACUAUUCACUCGUGGUAAACUUCACAUAUAUCAUUCAAACAUUCUUGUACAUAUACAAAUAAUAACAUAUGUGUGUAUAUAUUUAUAAUAGUAUAGACAUUUUUAUGUACACACAUACAUUCAGAAGAAUAAUGUAAGUUUGUAUAUGUAUAUACACCAAAAUAUCAAUAUAAAUAUGUACUCAUAUUUGUAUGUGAUAGUGUGUGCUUGCUUUCACAAUGCAUUGAUACACGCGUGCAUGCACACACACACACACAAAAAUAUAGUCAUGGAAUCACACACAUUACAAAAUUUCAAUCAUGUUUUACACUGACAAAUAUUUCGCUUAUACAUUUGAACAUAUAUAUGUAAAACUCAUAGAGUUUGAAAUGUUUGAAAUAAAAAAAUAAAAAAACCUUCAUGAUAAACACACAUACAAGCACACUAACGUAUCCACACACACAAUAAAAAUGUGAUUUUAAUUUCAACCAGAUUCAUUGCUUGAUUUUCCUUCCUAUUGUGCUUCUAUACCUAUGUAUGAUUUCAUUGUAAUGUAUAUGUAUAUACUUAAAUGAAUAUGUAAAAUCAUGGUUUAUAAAUAAAUUGUUGAUGUAUAUAAAAGUA